CGUCGGCCGGGCAGCGCCCGCAGCUGCGGGUCCGAGCUGACGAUGCUGCGGGCGCCGGAUCUUUGUGCGCUCCGCUCCCGGCUCCCGCGUGCCCGCACGUACGUAGCCUUCACGUGUGUGUGGAUAUGAAGUGCAUGUGUGGAUCUGUACGAAUAUGCUCCAAUUUGGGGAGAGGCGCGGAGCACAGGACGGAGGGAAGCUAAAGGAGUAAGCAGGUCAUGGCACGCUUAACAAAAAGACGGCAGGCGGAUACAAAAGCUAUCCAGCAUCUUUGGGCAGCCAUUGAGAUUAUAAGAAAUCAGAAGCAAAUUGCCAACAUUGACCGUAUUACAAAGUAUAUGUCUCGAGUCCACGGUAUGCAUCCAAAAGAGACCACCCGGCAGCUGAGCUUAGCUGUGAAAGAUGGUCUUAUUGUGGAGACGCUGACAGUGGGCUGCAAAGGUUCAAAAGCUGGUAUCGAACAGGAAGGAUAUUGGUUGCCAGGAGAUGAGAUUGACUGGGAAACAGAAAAUCAUGACUGGUAUUGUUUUGAAUGCCAUUUGCCUGGAGAGGUGUUGAUAUGUGACCUGUGUUUUCGUGUGUAUCAUUCCAAGUGUUUGUCUGAUGAGUACAGGCUUAGAGACAGCAGUAGUCACUGGCAGUGCCCAGUUUGCAGGAGCAUCAAGAAGAAAAACACAAACAAGCAGGAGAUGAGCACAUACCUGAGGUUCAUCGUCUCCCGCAUGAAGGAGCGGGCAAUCGACCUUCAUAAGAAGGGGAAGGACAGCAAGCACCCCAUGUACCGGCGGCUGGUGCACUCGGCAGUGGACGUCCCUGCCAUACAGGAGAAAGUGAAUGAAGGGAAAUACCGAAGUUACGAGGAGUUCAAGGCCGAUGCUCAGUUGCUGCUCCACAACACAGUGAUUUUCUAUGGAGACAGCGAGCAGGCUGACAUAGCAAGGAUGCUCUACAAAGACACAUGUCACGAGCUGGAUGAACUACAGCUUUGCAAGAAUUGCUUCUAUUUGUCAAAUGCUCGUCCUGACAAUUGGUUCUGCUAUCCUUGCAUACCUAAUCAUGAACUGGUUUGGGCUAAAAUGAAAGGCUUUGGGUUCUGGCCAGCCAAAGUCAUGCAGAAAGAGGACAAUCAGGUUGACGUCCGCUUCUUCGGUCACCACCACCAAAGGGCCUGGAUUCCUUCUGAAAACAUACAGGACAUCACAGUCAACGUUCACCGGCUGCAUGUUAAGCGCAGUAUGGGUUGGAAAAAGGCUUGUGAUGAGCUGGAACUGCAUCAGCGUUUCCUCCGUGAAGGGAGGUUUUGGAAGUCUAAGAAUGAGGACCGAGGGGAGGAGGAGGCAGAAUCCAGUAUCUCCUCCACCAGUAAUGAGCAGCUAAAGGUCACUCAAGAACCGAGAGCAAAGAAAGGCCGACGCAAUCAAAGUGUGGAGCCCAAAAAAGAAGAACCAGAGCCUGAAACUGAAGCAGUAAGUUCCAGCCAGGAAAUCCCCACGAUGCCUCAGCCAAUCGAAAAAGUUUCCGUAUCAACUCAGACCAAGAAGUUAAGUGCCUCUUCUCCAAGAAUGCUGCACCGAAGCACCCAGACCACCAGUGACGGAGUGUGUCAGAGCCUGUGCCACGACAAGUACACCAAAAUCUUCAAUGACUUUAAAGACCGGAUGAAGUCUGACCACAAGCGAGAAACGGAAAGGGUUGUACGAGAAGCUCUAGAAAAGCUGCGUUCUGAAAUGGAAGAAGAAAAAAGACAAGCUGUAAAUAAAGCUGUAGCCAAUAUGCAGGGUGAGAUGGACAGAAAGUGUAAGCAAGUGAAGGAGAAAUGUAAAGAAGAGUUUGUAGAAGAAAUCAAGAAGUUAGCAACACAGCACAAACAGCUAAUUUCUCAGACCAAGAAGAAGCAGUGGUGCUACAACUGUGAGGAGGAGGCCAUGUACCACUGCUGCUGGAACACAUCCUACUGCUCAAUCAAGUGUCAGCAGGAGCACUGGCACGCAGAACACAAGCGCACCUGUCGCCGGAAAAGAUGAAGGCUAGUUCCUCCUGGUGAAUCACUGACGAUUAUUCUUCUCAGACACAGCGGUUUUUGUUUCCAAGAAGCCAAAAUUGUUUAGAAUUUGCUUCCCAUUUUGCACCAGCCUUUAAACACUUUUCGUGAAGAAAUUUUGCACAGUAGUUUAAAUCUUUUGUUAAUGCUCCUCUGGAGUUUUUCAGGGGGUAAAAGUAACAUCAGUGGAGGGUAUUAUUUUAAAUAAAUUUUAAUUGAGAGUUUGUUGCAUUUUCAGCAAAUUUUAAAACAUUUUUAGGUUUUACAGAGAUUUUAACCUUUAAACAACAGAUCUUUAAAAAAACAACAGGUGAAUACAAGUGAGUUUAACAAAGAAACAUUUAAAAUAGAUCUGAAUGUAAGAACUGCAGAACUGCUUCAGAACUGAAACAUACUACCUUGAUGUGACGUUUAUCUCUUAACCUUGUUGAGCUGGUUUUGUUCAGCUUAAUUUACUGUUUAAAGGCAUUAUCUAUUGGUUAUGCCAGUGGGUAUAUGAUUGAAUUUAGGGAACAGGGUUGACACAGCAGGUGCUAGUCCUGCAUAUUUUUUCUUAAAUAUUUCCCAAUUGUGUUUUUCAUUAUUUCUUUUCAAUAUAUAACUUUUAUAACAAAUUAUUAGCUUUGAUCUUGUAGUUUAAAAUUGCAGGGAACUGGGGUAAUCUUUUACUGAGCUGGAUCUUAGAGAAAAUGAAUAUUUAAAUUUUAAAGUUUGCACAUUUCAUCUUUGUCCUAACAUGAGUGCUUGUAACAAAAUAAACAACAAAAA